AUGGAUCUCUGUCACCCGAUCGACGACGUUCGAGCAAUCUUAAACCCACGGGGUAUUCUACACGAUUCAGCGCCAACGCUUCCCCAAAACUCGGUUUCACGCAAUGGAGACCAUCAUCCAGCGGCUCAAUUGCACAGCGAUGAUGUACAGGCGACCUCAGGUGCCCGGGCGCCAGCAGGCUACACGCGCAGCUCGUGGGCUUACACUCAUGUGCUUGAGCCACUGGUGGCAUGUGCGAUGGAGAACGCCUGCAUUGCCCCGCCUGGAAAGAAUCCUUCCAAUCACCGCCACGGUCAAACGGACGACCUAAAUGGCUCUCGUCGCCCGUCGACGACGUCCAAGAAGUCCCCCGGCCCAACUGCUAAGAAUGAACGUUACACCAAAGUAUAUUGCAUGUCCACGCCGCCGCAGCAGUCCGACGACGAUAUCACUGCGUCACUCGGCGUCAUUCUAGAUUGUGAGUCGCAUGUCCAGAUGCAAGGACUGGUGCUUGGGUUAACUCAAGAAGAUCUCGAGGCGCUAGCGCGCUUUCCGUCCCACCCGCAUCGAGCCGUGCAUCUCCUCUUGGCCAUGGUUUACUUGAUCCUGCAUGAAUGUGCCGUGCAAAGGGACUGUCUGCCACCAAGUAUGAUCCUGCUGACAUGGACGUUUCUCCGUGAAAACCUACUGCGCAACUGUGGCGCGCUCUUCCUCCGGCUUCGCCGCCGCCUUCGCAAUCAAAGCCCCGUGGUCCCCAUGAUCACUCACGUGUGUGUGUUGUACUUACGGGAUCCCACGUUUCGGAUCCAAGCGCUGCGAAAGGUCAGCGCCAUCGCAGCCGCCCUGGCUAGCUGGGUGCUGCUCUGCCUCCAGGCCAGCCUUCCAUGCAAGCUAGAUGGACGUGACGUGGUAGAGCUGCAUCAAGUUCAACAUACCCCUACCCGCCCUGCGUUUCGCUUUGCAUUGCGCCUUCAUGGAAGGUGUACGUUGUGUUCGGUCCGAAUUGCCAGUCACGAAGCAGUAUUCCAGUGGUGUGGCCCAAACUCGUUUCACAAAAGCACCGUCCGCAGGCGGCUUGAUGCCCAUUUUGAAGCAUUAGUGGACAAUACGCUGCCCCCGUUUGCCUUUCGCUCGUGGGUGCAAAACCUCUUGAACGCAUCGACUAGUCCAACCAAUAAUGAUGGCAGCGACGACGGAGGUGUGCUUCAGUUACCGUCGGUCCUUCGCCUCUACUUUGUCGUUGUGCGGCCGCCCAAUGUGGUUGGCGUGGGGCUGGUCGUUGUCGAUCCCACGAUGUCCCUUCGGCAAUGCCGCAGGGCGAUUCAAGAUCAGUACGGGUGGCAUAUGGCCAUAUACUACCGAGGGACUCGGGUGUCGGCAGCCAUGGAAACCAAACUCGAUGCUCGGCAUGUCCUUCCGAUGUUGUUGUUAAGUCCACGCCAAGCCAAGUAUCGAGCGAUCGCACCUGCCCUGGCCCUGCUCCAUACCAUAUCCACCGCUUCUAUUACGUUGCAUAGCGGCCACGAUACCGCUUCCUCCGUCACUACAUUGCCCCACGUCACGUCGUGUCCCAUGCAUCGAGCGCUCUUGGACUCUGAGCUGGCAACGCAACUCACGAGAUUGUUCGAGUUGUGGGCGACGCACGGCCAUGCAUGUGUGGUGGAUACAUGCAUUGCCCAAAUGACUUCAAAAGAUCGUUCGGCGGACCGAGUCGAGUCAAGUGACAUGAUCGCCAACCUUGAUGGUAGCGCCACCGUUGUAGAGAACUCUCCCAAACGCAAGGUCCUUCUCUCCAAACCAGUGCCAUAUGCAGCUGAACUUCACGAGCUGGCUCGUAAACUGCACAUUUUCACCGAAGCUGAUGCUCUUGGUGACAUGCACACUGCAAUGAAAGCCCCCAGGGAAAGUACCUAUCGGUACUUGCCACUGUACGUAUAUGCGUCAGUGGAAUUGAUCGAAGUGUCGGCCACGACUGAAACCUACAAAUGCGAGCUCGUGUCGAGUGUUGCCAUGGCCCACAAGAAAACCCCUCGCAGUGUCUUCACCAAGGGCGUGAUCCUUCGCCUUGGGGCAGGCCGUCAAGUAACUGUCGAGACCUCUUGGGACGAUGAUCAGCGUGCGUUUGCCGUGUGCAAACCAGCAGGAGGCCCCGUCCUACCGCCGAUGUCGAAUGUGUGGCUGGUGGUCGAGUCUCAACACGACAAGCGGCCGCAGUGGCUCCACGACCUGCAAGCCUACAUCUGCCACCCCACCAUUGAGUUUGACGGAUCUCGAGAUUUCUACACGUUGUUUCGCGUCCGUUUGCCUUACUUCACCCCCGAGCACAUAGUCGAAGGGGGGCUGUGGAGCCGCGACGUGGACUGGCGCCCCAUCAUCGCCAAGACUCCGUGCGACGCACUGGUCGACGACAAGUUCCACGAGUUGUGUGCGUCGUAUCCGUCCAAUUUUUUCAUCGACUCGGUCAAGUUUUCGAAAUUCAUCCGCGACUGCCACGUGCUGCCCGCGAAGCUCUCGUUGGGGUCGCUCGACGGCAUCUUCCACCGUUUCGCCAUGCUUCGGUUCCAAAUGGAUCUCGGCGGGUUCCGCGCAGCGAUUGCGCUGGUCGUCCACCACGUGACCAAGAAACACAUGACGAAUACUCCGCUCUUGUACUUUUUUCUUCACUACAUGAUUCUGUCCCCCAGCAUGCGCGGCAUUUGGGAUCAAACAAUGCAAACGUAUCGACUAGAAGCCAAGAUGGCCGCCAUGCAGGCUUUGGCGCGCCAGAUUUGUGCAGCGACGCGACUUCAAGCGAGCUAUCGGGGCCAUGUGACCUAUGCCCAAUUCAAACAUCACUGGGCGAUGAUGCGGCGGCGUCGACAAGCCGCCACGACCAUCGUCAGCUGCUUCAAAAUGCUGUAUUGCAAGCGACAAUUCCAACAGCUCCAACGCGAGGCGGUCGUGGAGCGCGCGAUGGAGCUGGCGCGGUUGGAGCGGCUGCAGCGCGAAGAAGCCGAGAGACUGUUCAUGCUGAACUGCCACGUCACGCUCCAGGUGUGGGUCAAACACCGGCUGUGGAAAAAGCGACGCGUUCGUCUGCUGUGCCCCGAGUGGAUCGCACGCAAGCAGCGCAUAUGCACGCGGAAGCGCCUGCGGAUCGCUCGCCUGGCGUGCCACGUGGGCGGCCACCUCAUGACGGUGACCGUGUUUCGAAGCCACAUUGACCAGGCCAAAAACUCUAAAAUGCAUGUGGAGCUGUACCAAGCGUCUGACAGCCGCACGUUUUCAUAUGAUGUGCACGAGAGCACGGUGCAGGGUAUUUGGGCGGCACUGGCGGAUCACCACAAGCUAGAUCCAACCCAAUUUCGCAACCGACUGGACGGACUGCUACGUCGAUUGCACGUGAAUACCGCCAUGCAAAGAGUAAAAAUGCACUCGUCGGACGACCGAUGCGGCCGCGGACGGCUACUGGCAAGAGUGGCGUGUACAGUCCAAGAUCGGAUACGUGGCAUUGCUCAAGUGUUCUUGAGACACUUCCACAUGGACGUGCUUCUUUACGUCCCCUCGGACUGCCGCUCGACAAAGUGGGUGCUGGACAUAGCGUUUGUCCAACAGGUCCUGCAGAUGGCCCAACCCACCCUCCUUCCCCGGCCAUGGACGUGCUGCGGGAUCGCAUUUGCAUCCGACUGCCAUGACGUCAUGACGUGUCGACAGCGUGUGGCGCAUGUCGUCGAGUGUGCCCGAAACGACUUUCCAUUCUUGCCCAUGUUGAUCAAGUACGUGGCAACGUAUGGUUCCAUUAGCAUGCCCCCUACCACCCACUUUGCACCGAAACAUCUUGAGGCAGUUGCACAACAUUUGCCAUCUCGUCCAAGUUAUUCGAUCGAGAGGAGGUUUGAAGCAGCCACCCGGUUGCAAGCUAUUUGGCUAGGCUACAGGACUCGCCAGUACGUGGCCCACUUGCUGCAGGGCAACUUUGCCAUUUCGUACGACCGAGCAGCGGGGCACUUGUGGUACCAGAGUCGCACCACCAACCAUUGCUUCAAGUCGGCCCCCCUUGGCCACAUCCUUCGAGUGACAUACCCGCCACCAUCAGACACGUGGCUACCUCAGAACGACAGCCAAGGCCGGGUCUACUACUUCAACCCGUCCCGCGGACUUUCGAGUUGGUUCAACCUCGAAACGGCAACGAGAAAGGUCCAGCGUGUGUUCCGACACCGCCGACAUGCCGCCAUCGGGGGCCUCACGAUGCAGCAUUUGGCCAGAGCCGUGGCUUUCCAUCACUUCAAUGAGGACCAAACAAGCAAGAUGUCAUCCUCUCGAUUGUCACCCACCGAUAUGGAGCGCUUGGCACUUCAUCACCACACGAUUACCCAUGAUUUUAACAAGGCGAUUGCCCUGUACGACCAACUGCUGCAGAGCCACCCUCGUCACGAAGUUGUGGCGUCCACUUGCUUGGCCAUGCUUCUCAUCGCCACUGGUCGCGCCCCCCUCAAAAAGAAUGCCGCGCGGGCCGUCGCGCUGCUGCAAACCGCUCGAAAGUUAGAUGGUUCGCUUCACAAUGUGGUGUCGUUGGAGCUUGCGUGCUUUCGGUGGGCAGUUCUCGUGACUCCAAACGAUGCCAUGGCCAUGGCGAUGUAUGCAGUGUUUGCCGAAGAAGUGCUAAAUGACAUUGACAAGGCGGAACUGCUGUAUCGUCGUGCGUUGGCGCUGGAUCCAGGCCACGCCGUGACGGUGGACAAUUACGCCAACCUCGUCAAGGAACGAACUCCCCAUGGACGGUAUGCAGCGGCCGGCCCUGGACGAGUGGCGCACCAGCGAGCAUACGUGGUGGACACGGUGGGCCAGUGGCAGCAGCUUCGCGACAGCCAAACAAACACAACGUUUUGGCACAAUCACAGCACAAAGCAAUUGCAAUGGGAUGCGCCACAGACAUGACACGCUAGCGUCUUCCUUUGAACUGCAGUUAACCCGUUCCCUAUACAGUACAGUAGUCGAGUACAUAUUCGCAAGUGUAAAUUCAGAACGUGAAAAACUGGAAUGAGGAGGCUGCGGUGCGGCUACGAUGUUGAUACAGCAUAUUGCUCGGCAUUCAGGUUGAUGCGAGUCGAGUCCGCUG